CGAUUCGGUAACGAAGCGGGCCACCUGUGAAAAGUAACAUGGAUCCCUAUCGCCAGACCCUGAGCUAGAUGAAUAUCUUCAUUAUGCUUUUUGGUGCGAAGGAGUGUGGUCGCCUCUUGUUUACCUUUUUUGCGUGUUCACAAUGUCGUCAAAUAGGAAACGUGUGUUUAUAAUUAAAGAAAAGUUGAAGAAAUUAGAGGAAAUGCUACAGGACGUCUCUACAAAUUCGGAUCACAGCGAUGUUAACCAGGGUAAUAUGGUAGAGGUCGAUGUUCACAGAGAAGCAGAACUUUCUCCAAUACCCUCUGAUAAAAUAGAUAGUAUAAAUAAAAUCCUGGGAACUGAUCCAUCCAUGCCUAAGGUUAUGGGCAAGCCAGUUAGUGAUCAGGUGGCCUCUAGACUAAAUUAUUACGCAACAAAUGGGAUGUCUAGCGAUGAAAAAGAAAAAAUAAGACUCGAGUGGCCAACACCUGAAAACUGCAGCUCUUUCAACUCACCUACCUUAAAUCCAGAGAUUUUAGCACUUCGUUCGCCUACCGAUCAGAAAAAAGAUUCCUUUAUGUGUCAUAUUCCAAAUGACAUAGCUGGAAGUUUAAGUGCUUUACCAUCAGUGCUAAGCAAACUGUUAGAUAUAGCAUACCUCCCUAAUGUUGUGUUAACUGACUCCAUAGAGAUUUUAAUACCGGAUAUCUUAAAAACAUCAGGCGCCCGUAGGAUCCAACCUAGACUGAGACUCCCCUUCUUUAGAGAGACCCCAGAGCUAUGUCUAUCUAGCACAUUGAUAGAAUAUUUAAGUAGAAGUCAGAACAUAAGAAAUAAUAUACGGGAGUUAUUUUUGACCAUUAAAAAACCGUACCAUCCAGCCUGGACUCAAACUCUUUCCAGGUGGUUAAAGAAAAUUCUAGGCCUGGCUGGAAUAAAUACUGGUACAUUCUCUGGGUACAGUACUAGGCAUGCAGCUGUUUCUGCAGCCUACAGAUCAGGUACUAACAUUGAAACUAUAAGAGCCACAGUAGGAUGGUCAGAACGGUCGAACGUGUUUUUUAAGUUUUAUAACAGGCCGUUAGAUAGCAGUUUUUUCAUAAAUAGCGUACUAGCUGGUACGGAAAACAAACAACUCAGGUCAUGCAGGGAUUAA